AUGGCUAGCGGCUUGAAAAUCGUGUCGUCUGACAAAGGUCCCAACACCGUUAAAGCAAUUUUCGAGAACCCUAGGUACGGACCGGUGAUGGAAUCCUACGAUGUAGCUCACGCAUGGAUCAGGAGUCAUGGCGGAAAGUUCGCCAGAUAUGUGGGUGGGAAGUUUGUGACCGCCGCCUCGGACAGUCCCCGGGAGGUAAAGGACCCUGUGACCGGUGCCCGUCUGGCCCUGGUCGACCUGGCUUCCGCCGCGGACGUCUGCGCUGCCUUCGCCACGGCCAGAGAGGCUCAAGCCUCUUGGGCCAGGUUGGGAGCUUACGAGCGAUCCAAUUGUCUUUAUAGCAUGGCCCGCAGCAUGGACAAGCACACGGCCCUCCUGGCGCUGGUGGAGAGCCUGCAAUCUGGCAAGACGCUGAGCGAGGCCCGAACCCGAGACAUGGCGUACCUCACGCAGAGCCUCUUCGUCUGUGCCAGCUGGCUCGUGCGCCUCAAGGACUCCCUUCCCUGCUCCCGACCGCGAGGUGUUGUGGGAGUGGUGGUGGACGACCCCAGCGCCGUCGCCGCUGCAGCCGCCUGGCGCGUGGUUGAGGUUCUGGCGACGGGAUGCGCGGUGGUGCUUCUGGUGCGCCCGGAGUUCUGCCUCUCCGCGCUGGCCUUUGCGGAGGUCCUCGCUUCUGUGGGCCUUCCUAGAGGACUGUUCAAUGUCCUCCCGGUGCCGGAAAACGCCGUUGGUGAGCUCCUUCGCGGCGCCGCAGCAGACGCGGUGUUUUUCAUCGGACGCGCACGGACGGGCUUCCUGGUGAGGCAGGCCCUGGCUGGGUGCAGGACCUCCUUUUCGAGCUUCCACGCCGGCAGACAGGUCGCGGUGGUCCUCGAAGGGGCCGACCUGCACAGCGCCGCCUGCGGCAUCUCCGAGGCGUUUGCCCGCAGCUGCGGCAAGGGCGAAGCCUCGGGACUUCACGUCUUUGUGCAGGAGUCUGUCCACGGGACGUUCUCAACGCUCCUCACUGAACGGUUCUCUCGGCUCAGGGCAGGCCUGCCCAACGACAAGACGGCAGAUCUAAGCUGCUUUUCUCCGCUUCCCUGCGAACCUUACUCCGGGGCCGACAUCGGCAAAAUGCCUGGAGCUGUGACCGCGGACGUCUCCGGCAUUGCGGCAAAAUGUCCGACGGUGCCUGUGCUGGUUCCGGACGUGGCCCCGUCUUCCACCGUUGUGGAUGCCGUGGGUCUCCCCGUGCUGCUGGUGACGCGGUUCCGGACCUCGAAGGAGGCGGUCUCCCUCGUCAACUGCGUCCAGGGCCGCACGGGCGUCUGCCUCUGGACCGAGAACCUGGCCUGCGCCCUGGAGCUGGCCGCGCAGUUCCGAGUGGCCUCAGUCUUCGUCAACAUGCCACCCACACUCGACCCGGCCGCCGAGUUUGGGGGCGUAGGAGUCUCUGGCGUGGGAAGGGUCGGGGGCCGGCAGGGGCUGCUCACGUUCCUGAAACCAGCCUGGUCGACCGAGAGGGCGGUCGUCGGUCCUGAACCGGAUUGGAGCAACUUUGGAAGCGAGACCCAGCCCGGCCGUGUCCUGCCGGCCGCCUGCCCUGCGGGAGCUCAGGGGGAGGCCGAGACCUUCGAGCUGUUCUAUGCGGGGCAGCGGAAGAAACCGGAGUCUAGCACCUCGUACCCGGUGCACAAUUCGGAAGGAAGGGUGGUCGGCUUCGCCCCGGAAGCCGGCAGGAAAGACGUCCGGAAUGCGGUCGAGGCUGCCGUGGCCGGAUUCAAGAGCUGGUCGACGCGAGAGGCCCCCAGCAGAGCUCGGGUGCUGUACCGCGUGGCAGAGAACCUGUCCCUCCGCGCCAAGGAGUUUGCCUCCCGCCUCGGCACCCUGGAGGGACUGCCGGCCGACGAGUGCGACGUGGCCGUGAGCACCUGCAUCCGACGCCUCUUCUACUGGGCCGCAACGUGCUACAAGGGCAUGGGCUCUGUGAGGGUGAGACACCACUCAAUUUCUUACCAAGGAUACACUACCAGUGCGACGUCCUCGGGCGGCGUGAUGAGCAUCAAGGAGCCCCUGGGUGUUAUCGGAGUGGUGUGCUCCGACUCGGCCCCGCUGCUGUCCUUCGUCACCUUGGUGGCGGCAGCCCUCGCGACGGGCAACACGGUCGUGGCCCUGGCCAGUGAGAGCUCUCCGCUGUCGGCUCUCCACAUGUGUGAGGUGUUCUCUGUGUCGGACGUUCCGGCAGGCGUGGUGAACGUGCUGUCGGGACUCGAGGCGCCCCUGGUGCGCACGCUGGCCGAGCACCACGACCUGGCGGCCGUCUGGUACCACGGGGAGUCGGACUUGGCGGCGGCCUUCGUCGAACGGGCGGCCGCGCACAGCGGCAAGGCCACCUGGCUGCGCGACGCUAGCCGCGACUGGGAAGUGGACGACCACUGCUCGGGAAGGCUCUUCGCCGCCCACGGGACCGCCACCAAAAGCGUCUGGCUGCCCUCGGGCCAAGUUUUCGCCAACUGAACACGCCUCCUUGCUGUUGAUGUUUUUUUUUUGUAGGUUUUGUUUUUAGAGAUGGCAGGGUUUUGCUUUUUUUACAUAUAGACAUCUUCCUGCGGAAAUCCAGAAGAUGUGCAGAGUGCGACUCCAUGGGAUCUCUUCAUUGCCAUAGAAGGGAACGUGUUUCGAACAAAUAUGGCUCGCUCCCUGACCGCUCUAGAUUCGUAUUUGGAAACUGGUCUCUAAAUUAAUAGAGACUUUAGCGAAAUCGACGGCACCUAGUUAGCAGUUAGAACAUGCAAGCUGUUGUCGCAGGUUCGCCCGCCAGCCUUCUCGAGCGAUUCGGCGAUUCGGAUGUCUCGAAAGUUGUUUCAAAAACACGCUAUUGAAAUUGCCAGUGGCAUAUCAAACUGUCGCUUCGUUCGACCGUUUUUUAUUGUGUUUUUAUUGUUUGUUCCGCGUUAUGUCGGAUUUGGAAGAACGUUCUACUUGCGGCAUUCAAAUGUAUGGCCUUUUAAUUACAAAAUCUUUUACGCAUAGCGUCCGGCGUUUUUUUUUUUUACGUGUCUCACGAUUAGAGCAUCGCUGUCUUUGAAAAGUAGAGCCUCCGAACAGUUUUGUUGUACGAACUUGAUUAUAUCGAACGGCCAGCCCGUGUUUUGUGGGUAUCGGUGCAUUUUUUGUGCACUAUGUUCCGCCGUUUCGAAGUCUUUAACCGUAUAAUAUAAUGUUUGGGUUGUCGUGUCCAUGAGUUGUCGCAACUGCCAGAGCGAUGAUAGCGGCAAAAGGGACCACCGCGAUAUUGGUUGGAAUGUUUGACACUGGACAUAUCGCGCUAUGUAAUGCAACUCGGAUCGCGCGCGCCACUUACCCGCGGAAGCUUCGUUGUCGCGUCUUAAUUUGAGGAUAAAAGCAAACUUUUUUGUUGAGUCGUAAAACUCGAUGACGCACAGUCGCGCGCGAAUCGCAAUGUUGGCGAUUAGUUGUUUUUCUAUAUUUUCUUUUUCUCCGAGUGUCAUUACGCGAAGAGAAAAUCUAAAGCGUGUUCCGUUGGUCGUGAACGUCACGAUCCGAGUCGGGUCAACCGACGGUACAAAAAUCUUGCUCUCUCGGUCCGACCCGACGCGAAUGUGUGAAUCGACCUUUAGACGGCACCUGAGGUCCGCAACCGCACGCGGCCUCGAUUCGAUUGCAUUGCCGCGAAACGUUGUCUCCGGGUUGAACAGCUCCGUGCUUCAUCCACCACGUGACCAGAUUUCGAUGCAGAAGGGGGAACGGGCGCCCUCGUCGGGCGAAUUCAGACUACUCGAUGUCGUUUGCGGGGUUUGGACGAAGGUCCCGAAGGUGGGGUCUGAAAACGUCCAAGGAACAGAUGUAUUAGCGGGUUACGGCGGAUAGUUCAACCGCAUGCUGUCUUUUGAGCACGUUUGGGCGACGUUCGACUGUUUCCAUGCCCAGCGCAAAUACCGCGUCGCUCUUCCCUUUAAAGACGCGCGCGCCGAUGGUUUUGUAUUGAGCGGGGAAGCGGCAGCUUUGCCAGCCAACACUUUCCGUCUAUUAGCGCUGCUUGCCCUCCUUUGCAGUCGCGUAAUCGAGUGCUCGAGUCACUGCCCUGACAUUCCCUUCUUUGUCUAUAUUUUUUUUUUUUAUGUUCUUUUCUACCGCCUUUGACAACUCUGGUCGAACCUUUCGUAAGAUUCCAUUGUGUACCCACUCUGCCUGUGCAUGAGUGUUGGGAAAUGUCCGUCUUUUCUCGGGAUGGUGUUUACGCUGUACCGCGACCUGAUCGGCACUUUUGUAAUAAACUUAGGAAAUCCUG